AUGACAGCCAUGAAGCAGGAGCAGCAGCCCACCCCGGGGGCCAGGGCGAGCCAGGCGCAGCCGGCGGACCAGGAACUGGGAAGUAACAGCCCUCCACAGAGAAACUGGAAGGGAAUUGCUAUUGCCCUGCUGGUGAUUUUAGUUGUAUGUUCACUCAUCACUAUGUCAGUCAUCCUCUUAACCCCAGAUGAACUCACAAAUUCAUCAGAAACCAGAUUGUCUUUAGAAGACCUCUUCAGGAAAGACUUUGCGCUUCAUGACCCAGAAGCCCGGUGGAUCAAUGAUACAGAUGUGGUGUAUAAAAGCGAGAGUGGACAUGUCAUUAAGCUGAAUAUAGAAACAAAUGCUACCACAUUAUUAUUGGAAAACACAACAUUUGUAACAUUCAAAGCAUCAAGGCAUUCAGUUUCACCAGAUUUAAAAUAUGUUCUUCUGGCAUAUGAUGUCAAACAGAUUUUUCAUUACUCGUAUACUGCUUCAUAUGUGAUUUACAACAUACACACUAGGGAAGUUUGGGAGCUAAACCCUCCAGAGGUAGAGGACUCCGUCUUGCAGUACGCGGCCUGGGGUGUCCAAGGACAGCAGCUGAUAUAUAUUUUUGAAAAUAAUAUCUACUAUCAACCUGAUAUAAAGAGCAGUUCAUUGCGACUGACAUCUUCUGGAAAAGAAGGAAUUAUCUUUAAUGGUAUUGCUGACUGGUUAUAUGAAGAGGAAGUUCUGCAUUCUCACAUCGCCCACUGGUGGUCACCAGAUGGAGAAAGGCUUGCAUUCCUGAUGAUAAAUGAUUCCUUGGUGCCUAAUAUGGUUAUCCCUCGGUUUACUGGAGCACUGUAUCCCAAAGGAAAGCAGUAUCCAUAUCCUAAGGCAGGUCAAAUGAACCCAACAAUAAAAUUAUAUGUUGUAAACCUAUAUGGACCAACUCAUACUUUGGAACUCAUGCCGCCAGACAGCUUUAAAUCAAGAGAAUAUUAUAUCACUAUGGUUAAAUGGGUAAGCAAUACCAAGACGGUGGUAAGAUGGUUAAACCGACCUCAGAAUAUCUCUAUUCUCACAGUCUGUGAGACCACGACUGGCGCUUGUAGCAGAAAAUAUGAGAUGGCAUCAGAUACAUGGCUGUCUAAACAGAACGAGGAGCCUGUGUUUUCUAGAGACGGCAGCAAAUUCUUUAUGACAGUUCCUGUUAAACAAGGUGGCCGUGGAGAAUUUCACCAUAUAGCGAUGUUCUUAGUCCAGAGUAAAAGUGAGCAAAUUACCGUGCGGCAUCUGACAUCGGGAAACUGGGAAGUGAUAAAGAUUUUGGCAUAUGAUGAAAAUGCUCAAAAAAUUUACUUUCUGAGCACGGAGUCAUCUCCCAGAGGGAGGCAGCUGUACAGUGCUUCUACUGAAGGAUUAUUGAAUCGUCAAUGCAUUUCUUGUAAUUUUAUGAAAGAACAAUGCACAUAUUUCAGUGCCAGUUUUAGUCCUAUGAAUCAACAUUUCUUAUUACUCUGCAAAGGUCCGGGGGUCCCAGUUGUCAGUUUACAUAGCACGGACAACACAGCAAAAUAUUUGAUAUUGGAAAACAAUUCUCUGCUGAAGGAAGCUCUCCUGAAGAAGAAGAUAGUAAAGUCAGAAAUUAAAAUGCUUCAUAUUGAUGAUUAUGAACUUCCUUUACAGUUGUCCUUUCCCAAAGAUUUUACGGACCGAAACCAGUAUGCUCUUCUCUUAAUAAUGGAUGAAGAACCAGGAGGCCAGCUGGUUACAGAUCAGUUCCACAUUGACUGGGAUUCAGUACUUGUUGACUCAGAUAACGUAAUCAUAGCACGAUUCGAUGGCAGAGGAAGUGGAUUCCAGGGCCUGAAAAUUUUGCAAGAGAUUCAUCGAAGACUAGGUUCAGUGGAAGUAAAGGAUCAAAUAGCAGCUGUGAAAUUUUUACUGAAACAGCCAUAUAUUGACUCCAAAAGAUUAAGUAUUUUUGGAAAGGGGUAUGGUGGCUACAUUGCAUCAAUGAUCUUAAAAUCAGAUGAGAAGCUUUUCAAGUGCGGAUCAGUGGUUGCUCCUGUGAUGGACAUGAAGUUGUACGCCUCAGCUUUUGCUGAAAGAUACCUUGGUAUGCCAUCUAAGGAAGAAAGUGCUUACCAGGCAUCCAGUGUGCUUCAUAAUAUUCAUGGCUUAAAAGAAGAAAACCUAUUAAUAAUUCAUGGGACUGCUGACACAAAAGUUCAUUUCCAGCAUUCAGCAGAAUUAAUCAAGCACCUAAUAAAAGCUGGAGUGAAUUAUACUAUGCAGGUUUACCCAGAUGAAGGUCAUAACGUAUCUGAGAAGAGCAAGUAUCACCUCUACAGCACAAUCCUCAGAUUCUUCAGUGAUUGCUUAAAGGAAGAAAUAGCUGAGUUGCCACAGGAACCAGAAGAAGAUGAAUAAUGGACCCUAUUGAUACAGGACUGAAGGGGAUAUUAAGGCUCAAUGAAACUCAACCAAGAGACGUUAGUACUGCAGAUGCUCCGGAAUUUCAAGGGCAGCUUAAGGAGAUGACACUGGAACAGCACACUCAGAGACAAUGAACUAGAAUUUGAAUACAGAAGUCCAAGUCAGUGUUGCCAAGGGCGCAGAACCUGUUUCUUAGUAGAAUGAAGGUCAAAGAGUUGGUUUCCUGGGAGAAAUUAGUUUUGCAUUAAAGUAGGAUUAGUGCAUGUUUUCUUCUGUUAUCCCCAUUUGUUCUGUAACUAGUUGCUCUCAUUUUAAUUUCAAUGGCCACCGUCAUCAUCACAAGUGAUCAUCAGUACUACAGUCCCUGAUCUGAUGGCUGAGCUGCAACCUAACACUUUACUGUACCGUUACAAUAAGUGCAAUUCCUUCAUUGUCUAUUAUUAUGCAUAAGAAAAUAUUCAGUUAAUAAAAAACAGAGUAUUUUAUGUAAUUUCUGUUUUUAAAAAGGCAUUAUUAAAUGGGUCAAAGAUGUAGGAAUAUCGAUUUCAGCACCUUCCAAAGUUCAGCCAUUUAAUGGUAGAUAUAUCUUUAACUCAACACACGAGUGUAUGUUUCACAAUAUAGAUACACACGUGUACAUAUGCAGUCUAUAAACCUAUCUUUACAUGUUAUUCAUGCUAUAACGGAUAAACCUUCAAUGAAUUAGAAGAGAUGCUCUUUUACAGGCAAUAAUGGAUGCUUUGUUUAAUGAGCCAAAUGUGAGGAAACAUUUUUUUCCAAUUCAAAUUCUAGCUAUUGCUUUCCUAUAAAUGUUUGGGUUGUGUUUGGUAUUGUUUUUAGUGGUUAAUAGUUUUCUAGUUGCAAUUUAAUUUUUUGGAUAUGAUACUUUGUCACAUGUAAAUUAGAUACUUAAAUAUUAAAUUAUAGUUUCUGAUAAAGAAAUUUUGUUAACAAUGCAAUGCCAGAGUGCUAUUUUGCUCUUUUGGUGGAGAAGGCUUUUUUUUUCUUUUUUUUUUUUUUAAUACUUGGUCCUUUUACUUCUCUCUCUCAGUGCAGAAUCAAUUCUCAUUCUCAUUGUAAAUGCAGAGCUGGAGUAUUUCAUUUGCCAGUUCCUAUUUAGUAUUCCAUGCCUGUCCAAUACAUCUGUUACUGUUUAAUUUAAAUCCUCUGGUGAGAAUACGAAAUGAAAUAUUUUUAUUCAUUGACCAAAAAGUUCACAAACAGGUAAUUUGAGUUGAAGGCACAAAAUGCAUCAGUUCCUGUGCUGUGUUGACUUGCAGUAGUAACUGAGAGUAUAAAAUAAAUUUGACUAUAUGAAGUCAAUUUAAGGCAUGAGAAUAUUAACUUAAGUCAAAGAGUAUCUUCUAAGUUCUCUUAAGUGACAUCCUGGGGAUAUCUAAGAGUCUGUAACCAGGCAUAGAAGUUUAGACAAACCGGGGGAGAACACCAUAUUUUUUGUGCUGUUGUUAGAGAAGUCCUUAAGAAUAUCAUGGAUUACCAUGAGGUCAAGAUACCACAAUGUUAAAAUGUCACAGAUUUGCUCAGUCAUCCUCCCAUUUUGUUGAAAAAUCCCAGGUAUUUAGAGAUGUGUGAAUCAUUGAUUGAAUAAUCACUUUUCUUCUGGAUGCUUUGAAAUUGUGUCUUCACUGCCCAGUUGAAUUCAAUUUAAAAUGGGGAAUGUUCUCUCUUAAAAGAUCCUUUGCAGGUCUUUUUCAAGAAUAGUAAACACUUUUUUUUUUUUUAAACAAAAUAAGGUGUAAUGAUUAAAAGGAACGUUUUGCCUUUUUUUAUUAAGAUGAAAAUUUCUUUUUUUAGGCUUAUUUCAAGUCCAACUGAAGCUUUUUAAUCACUAUUUUAAACUUCAGCCACUAGAGUUUUUUAUGAUGCAAAUAAUUACAUUGUCUGAAAGAUGCGGUUUUAUUGAAUGUCAAUUUGAGUAACACUUAAAAGUAUUUACCUUUUACUGUUCAUCAUUUCUCUUGUUUUAUUAUUAUUAUCAAUGUUUAUAUUUUUUCAAUUAAUUUAAUACACUUUCUAAUGUAAAUAGCAUUUGUCUGGAACCCACUCUGACUUCAAAGACUAAGUAUAUCUCAAAUGAAGACAUACUGUUUAGUAGGAAGGAGAAAAUUUUUCAUCUUCAUGAUUAUCUGAGCUUAACAAUUGGGCUAUUUUAGAUAAGGGAAUGCUCACCACUACAGUCACUGACUCUUAAAGGAAUCAUGUAACUGGAUAUGCCCUUUAUCCAAUUACCCCUUGUCAUAACUCCAAUAUUUCAUAUAUAUAUACAUUCCUAGAGUUUCCUAGGAAUCCAGCAGCAAGCUUGCCAAGUAUUAUUUUCCCCUUAAACUUAGAAAAAUCCAAGAUAAACCAAAAACACUCUAAUAAAACAGGUAAGCAAUAUUAAGUGAUCCACAGAGAUAAAUGCAUAGUGUUUUACAACUGUCCUUGAAAGGGAAGUGUUUCUCUCACUUUGGUUGCCUCCAUUUGGAAGUCUCUCACUCAACACUUAGAGGCUAAGGAGACAAUAUUGAUCCCUUUGAGUUUUCUAACAGAGCUGGGAGGAGGGGAACUUGUCAAAACACAACUCUCAGCUUGCUCUGAGAAGUCUUUCUUAUUGGAUUUUUAGCACAGAAAUCACCCCUGAGGGUCUUGUGGGUGCCAGUCUACUAAAAAGAGGUGACUUUUCCACACUGGUCUUUAACAUGCGGAGGAUUAUUUAAGCCACCAUCUUUCACAUGGUGGGCCUUGCAACAGAGGUACCUGGGAUCCAAUUUCUCUCAGCUCUCUAGGUUCAUUGGGAGCAUGUGGCAUCUUUAAGGGACCAUGUAUCAUAUACCUCUUUUGUCUCUCCUCACUUCCUCUGACCACCUUCACAUCCUGCUUCAACCAGUACUACAUAAAGUGUAAUCCACAUCCUCAGCUGCACGUCCUGUCUUUCACUUUGUGCUCUAAGAUUCUCUGACAGCCAUGGCAGCCACCUGCUGGAACCAACUGAUAAACUAGCUACACACUCCUGUAUGGAAGCAUUAAAACCCCCUCACUGAACUCCAACCAAUGGGUUAUACCAGCUGUUGGCGAAAUGCUCCCAUUUGUCUUCCUGCUGAUAUAAAAUGUGGUCCUUGGAGGUUCCAAAGGGCCCCAGUUGCCCACAGCUUGUACUCUUCCAUUUUGCUCUCUCCUGCUUCACACCUCUCAGUCCCCCACUUCUCUUCCCUAAGAUCAC